GCCGGAGCCCGGGUGCCGGGCGCGGGGCUCGGUGACAGCAGAGGCGGCUGCUACGGGCGGGACGCAGGGAGCGGCGUCGACGCGGACGGCGGCGGGAAGUGCGGACGGGGGCGGGCCUCCCCGGUGGCGCGCAGCCCGAGGAGCCCGGGAGCGGGCGGUGAGCACGGCUCGCGGGUCCGGGCACCCCAACUUGGGACAAGUUGCCGGAACCUGCAGGCGCCGGCGGCGGACAGAUUGACCUUCAGGGCGGAGGUGAGCGCCAUGGCGUCGCGCAUCGGGCUGCGCAUGCAGCUCAUGCGGGAGCAGGCGCAGCAGGAGGAGCAGCGGGAGCGCAUGCAGCAGCAGGCGGUCAUGCACUACAUGCAGCAGCAGCAGCAGCAGCAGCCGCUGGGAGGGCCGCCCACGCCGGCCAUCAACACCCCCGUCCACUUCCAGUCGCCGCCCCCUGUGCCGGGAGAGGUGCUGAAGGUGCAGUCCUACCUGGAGAACCCCACCUCCUACCACCUGCAGCAGUCCCAGCACCAGAAGGUGCGCGAGUACCUGUCCGACACCUAUGGGAACAAGUUCGCCGCCCCCAUCAGCCCCGCGCAAGGCUCCCCGAAGCCCCCGCCCGCCGCCUCCCCCGGGGUGCGGGCGGGACACGUGCUGUCCACCUCCGCCGGCAACAGCGCCCCCAACAGCCCCAUGGCCAUGCUGCACAUCAGCUCCAACCCCGAGAAGGAGUUCGACGACGUCAUCGACAACAUCAUGCGGCUGGACAACGUGCUGGGCUACAUCAACCCCGAGAUGCAGAUGCCCAAUACGCUGCCCCUGUCCAGCAGCCACCUGAACGUGUACAGCAGCGACCCCCAGGUCACAGCCUCCCUGGUGGGCGUCACCAGCAGCUCCUGCCCCGCAGACCUGACCCAGAAGCGAGAGCUCACAGAUGCUGAGAGCCGGGCCCUGGCCAAGGAGCGGCAGAAGAAAGACAAUCACAACUUGAUUGAGAGGAGGCGGAGGUUCAACAUCAAUGACCGCAUCAAGGAGUUGGGAAUGCUGAUCCCCAAGGCCAAUGACUUGGACGUGCGCUGGAACAAAGGCACCAUCCUGAAGGCCUCGGUGGAUUACAUCCGGAGGAUGCAGAAGGACCUGCAGAAGUCCCGCGAGCUCGAGAACCAUUCUCGGCGCCUGGAGAUGACCAACAAGCAGCUCUGGCUACGCAUCCAGGAGCUGGAGAUGCAGGCCAGAGUGCACGGCCUUCCCACCACCUCCCCGUCCGGGAUGAACAUGGCCGAGCUGGCCCAGCAGGUGGUGAAGCAGGAGCUACCCGGCGAAGAGGGCCCGGGGGACACGCCGAUGCUGGGGGCCGACGUCCCCGAGCCGCCGCCGGCCCUGCCCCCGCAGGCCCCGCUGCCCCCGCCAGCCCAGCCCGAGUCCCCAUUUCCUCACCUGGACUUCAGCCACAGCCUGGGCUUCGGGGGUGGGGGCGACGAGGGGCCCGCGGCCUACCCCGACCCCCUGGGGCCCGAGCGCAGCUCCCCCUUCCCCAGCCUGUCCAAGAAAGAUCUGGACCUCAUGCUCCUGGACGACUCGCUGCUCCCGCUGGCCUCCGACCCCCUCUUCUCCACCAUGUCGCCCGAGGCCUCCAAAGCCAGCAGCCGCCGGAGCAGCUUCAGCAUGGAGGAGGGGGACGUGCUGUGACGCAGGCCCCCCCCCCCCCCUCCGCCGGGGCCCAGUGGACCUGGGGGGGGGCGGGAGGGCCGGGCACCCCCUCCCUCCCUCCCUCCCUCCCGGCUGCACCCGUGUGUGAAGUAGCCAUCUUCUUCCUGCCUUCUGGCAGCCCCGGGCUCCGCGCCCCCUCGGGGGUCACCCUGUCCGUGGGGCUGGCUGGGAACUGGCUUGCAGCCCCAACUUCAGGAGGUGAAAUGACAGGGAAGUGGGGGGCUGGGGCAGGCUGGGAGAGCCCAUCUUCGGCGCCUGAGCCCCUUCCACAAGGGGUUUCAGAAGCGCCCUCGCGGACAGCUGGUCUGGAGGUGCCCAGGCUUGCCUUCCAAGGGUGACACCAAGCCUGCCCCCCGCCUGGUACUCCCCCCGCCCCCCUUUGGUGCUAACAGCUCUCCCCUGGGUGGUGUGAGGGAUUUGGGUUGGGGUUGAGUGCGGGACCGGGACCUCUGCAGAAGAGCAGCUCCCCUCUGACCCCCCACUUUGUGCCUUUAGUAAACACUGUGCUUUGUA